AUGUCUGGGGCAGCCGCGCGCCCCGGGGAGGGAGACUCAUGCCCCGGCGGAGUCCCGCGUGGGGCCAGCGCCGCUCGCCCCGCCCCGCCCCGCCCCGCCCCGCCCCGCGUCACCUCCCGGGCUGAGGCGGCGGGAGGUUGGGGGCGUCGCCCGGGGCUCGGGGAGGAGAGGCCGGCGGUGAGGGCGGGGGUCCCGGCCGCGGACCCGGGACCUGGCGCUCGGGCGGGCGCGGCGGGCACAGGCCGGGCCGCCGUCGGGGAGGAGCCGACCUGGUUCCCCAGCCUGGACUCGGCUCGGUCAGGGCAGGCGGCGGAGACGGCACCCGGCCGGGUCGGAGGGGCCGCCGCCCUUGGCGUGUGGACGAGCCCCCACCCUGGGGUGCAGGGCCCCGAGAGAUCGGAGUUGAGGCGCGAGUGUGCACCCCUACCUGCCUUGCACACCAGCGCCGUGUGGAACCAGGCCAGGCCUAGAGAUACUGAGAGGAGGCCAAGCAGGACCUGUCAGAGGCGAUGCAGCUCGGGCCUCAUGGAUGGCUCAUCGUGUCUCUGUGAACGGAUGCGACAAUCAGCCACUGUGCAGUACUGAGAGUGGCUCUGCUGGCUGGGCCAGGUCUCACUGCCCGGGUCUCUCAACCCUGCUGCUCUACACUACCAUGGCACUCUGCCAGCAAGACGCUAUGCCAGAUGGGGCCCCCACUCUGCCUUGAGCUGAAAUCGCAAGCCAAAAUAUGCAUUUUUUUCUUUAUCAUUCACCCAGUGUGUGGUAUUGCUAUUAGCAACAGAAAACAGGUUGGGGCAGGGUGGGUUUAUGUUCUGCUAUGUGACUGGCUGCUGCUCCUGAUGUCCUACUCGCCUAGACUAUUGCUUUCACCUUAUCUCGAUGGAGCCUGAUCCAACUGCUCUUGUCCAUGUCCUGUACUCUGCCAGACACCAUGAAAUUCAAGAAACCACAUCCUAGAUCUGAUGAAAGGAGAUGCAAGGCUCACUAUCAGCUGUGUACUGAUGGUACUGCAUCCCUAAUUACUUCACUAUCUUUCUGAUUAGAGUCAUAUAACACUAGGCUGAAAGGAAGAGAGAAAAGAGCACUCAUUCCCCAUGAAGGGAAGGUGAAGAAAGGAUUAGCAGAAGAACUUAAGAACACCCCAAGUUUAUUGGUCGUUGUCUUACUAGUCAAGGGAAAUUUGUUCAUCUCCAUACCAGAGAGAGAAAAAUGAGCUUAUCAUGCUUAUUAGCUGCAUGUUUAGGUGCCUAGCCUAUCUCAAGAAAACAUUACCAUAUCAGUAAUUUUGGAAAAGGCAUUCAAUUUUAGAGUCUUUGGCUUUCCUCUUGCAAAAUGAAAAUCGACUAAAAGGUGAUCAGUAAGAUUCUUCCUACCUCUCAAAUGCAGUGAUACUAUGAAAUACAACCAUUAUCUAAUAGUUACUUUUGAAAUAUACUAUUCAUUUAGCAAGUAUGUAUUGGGAACUAUUGAGAACAUACUGUACCUGUAUAGAAAAUAAUGCCUACCCUCAGAAAGUUCACAGUAUAGUACAGGGGAUACACAAACGCUUGUCAUCCACUGUGGGAUGUGCUACAAGAGAGGGAUCUAUUAAAGUUGGUGUAAGUACCAAGACAAUAUACCUAACUCCCAUGAGGAACACAAAAACAUUUCAACUGGGUCUCGAUAAUCAGAAAGAAAAGGUUGUUCAGGCAGAGGAACAAAGAUGGGUACACAGAAUCGCACAUUAUUUUGUGCCACUUGGCGUGUAGGUUUCAAGAGGCUGAGAAAGUGCAAUUGCCUGGAGAUGAGGCUGGAAACUGAGUGGGCCAGUGCAUGUAAAUCCUAGAAGUUAUGCUAAGCAGUUUGGACCUCCUCCUGCAACAGGGCUUCCCCAACUCAUCACUGCACUAAAAUUGCCCUUGUAGAUCUCAUUUACAUGCAGAUUCUAAUUCAAUUAGUUUGAGGUAGAGCCAGAUAUUCUGGUUUUCUAAUGAACCCCAAAUGAUGCCUGCAUCACUGGUUAUGGACCACACUUUGAGUGGGAAGUUUGUUGUACAAGGAAGUGAUGUGGUGAAAUUGUUUUUAGGAGAGAUCACUCCAUGAAUGAGUAGGAAGUGAAAUGAAAAAACAAUAAGAGUACUAAUAGAGAAAAAAAUUAGGAAGCUAUUAAAAUAAUAAAGGCCAAACAAGAACUGAACAGUAGCAGCAGAAAUGGAAAGGAGGGGAUAGCUUCAAGCUAUAUUUAAGAGGUAGAAUGGCCAGGCCUUGGUGACCAGUCAGCUGUGACAGGCAAGGGAGGAAGAGGAGUCCAUACAAGAAUCCAGUAGUUGGGGUGGGGAUUUAGCUCAGUGGCACCUUGCCUGCCUCAAAAGUGUAAGGUCCUGGGCCCGGGAUUUAGCUCAGUGGUUUCACUGCCUGCUGCGCAAGCAUAAGGACCCGAGUUCGAUCCCCGGUACCAAAAAAACCAAAAAACAAAAAGUAUAAGGUCCUUAGUUCAAUCCCCGGUACCAAAAAAAUAUAGAAUCCAAUAGUCUCACUUAGAUUGAAUUAAAUGAAUAAAAUCUCAUUAAAGAACACCAACCCAAGGAUAAAAAAAGCCUAUGAAAGUAAAUUUGUUAAACUAUUGCUUUUCUUUUCUUUUUUCCAAUUGUUCUGUGUAACCCUGUAAUAUUCUAAGGUUGAUCUCUUGCUAGGUCGUCCAAUGUGGGCAUAACCACA